CUUUAUUUAGUCUUGAUGAGAUAAAAGAGCUUCCCCCUCAUUGAGUUUUUUUUUUUUUCCCAGAAAUAAAAUAAAAUAAUGUCAAAUAGUUGGAUCUCAAUUUACGACAAUUCCCAGGAAGCAAGACUGGUGUACGUCUCCGAAAGCAUUACAGAUCUUACAGGCUGGGAACCUGAACAAGUAAUUGGAGUGGGAGGUUACGAUUUCUUUCACCCAACCGAUCAUGCGGCCUUAAGAAAAGUUCAUGUCGGUAACAUUAUAAAUGAAAAAUUGUCGUCCAUGGUGUCUUAUCGCUUCAAAUGUCGGAAUGGCAGUUACGUUCCUAUAGAGACCAUUGUUCAUUACUGCCACGAUGUCCUUAUAACUUGCAAUUUUAUGUACGACCCUCAUUCGACGGACCAUAAAAUGAGAGCCAACACAGUGGACCACGUUUACAGAUGUUUAUCCGAUGGGUCUUUACAACUUUCUGGUGCUUGGAAUGAUAGGGCAGAUCUAUUGGAGGACGCAAUGGCAACAGACGUAUGGUACUUUCAGAAUGGUAACUACUCUCGAGAAAAACGCUUUUCUUUAAUCCUGAAUAGAUAUUCAGAUGCUCUCAACAUUGUAUACGCCUCUCGAUUAAGUCAGGAUUUGGUGUCUCUCGAUAUCCCCAAUUCAAUUGGUAUGUCCUUUUUUGAUUUCGUACCAGAAAGAGACAUUGAAACUUUACAUGCUCAGAUCGAUUUGGCAAAGGAACAUGAUAUGAUUGUACGAAUUAGAUUUGAUUGGAUUACGGAUUAUGAACGCGGUUUAUAUGAACCCCUUGAAGCCAUCACUAGCUGUACAGAUGACGGCUUGGUGAUGGUACUUCGCUCAUCCUCUAAAGUCAUUCUGGAAUAGCACUAGACAGCAAAAAAAUUAAAAAAAAAAAAAAUUUGUGAUUUUAUUCUAAAUUAUACAUAUUCAAUACCUUCCUAUAGUAUCACCCCCUCUACCCCCUCCUUCUCUUUCACUCCUCUUCCCCUCCCAUUUUAAAAACUAAUAAACACAUGAAUUUGAAGGAAACCAA